UGCAGAAACCCUCCUUCUGUUAAACAAGUCGCAACUUCCCAUUCCUGCUCUGAUUCUAUCUGAAGAUCAGUAUGAGUCAAAAUGUUCUCUCAUCGGAUGUUCAUUGUCCAUCAAUAAACCACUGAACUACUGCUCCACAUCCCACAAACACAUGGCAAAGAUGAUGUCUUCCCAACACGUUCCAAUCAAGUGCCUUGGAGACUUCAGUUCUACGAAUGAGCGUGAUAGACUUUGCGGUUGCAUCCUCAUCGACAAAUCCAAACAAGUGGACACAGGAGUUCCUGAUCUGAUAAAUCCUCAGUUCUUCUCAACUGUCCCCAUUGAUCUACCAUUCAUCAAGGAGAAUCCUCCAGCUUCUUCUGCUUCUACUCAGUACAUGUUUUUUCACUCUCCUCCUCCACCUCCUUACCAGAGCAUCCAAUGGACCCCAGGGGAAUACACCAGAGAUUUUCAGGUCGGAUCUUACUCCAUAAGAUCCAGAAAUCUCUGUCUCCUACAUCCCACAGCAGAAGGAUGGAGACUCUCUGUUUUCCAGAAUGAAAAAGAGUCGCUCUACUGCCUCUCCCAUGUUGCUGGGAUGAAUAAGAUCAAGUUGAAGAAACAAAAUGGAAAGUGGAUAAUAAGCAAGGAUACGGUCUCUGCUGCGGAUACUCUUUCUCUGCUAAAAAAUCAGAACCGUUCUGAUGCAGAAGAAGCUGAACACCAAACUCUCUUGGGAAACACUGAUCCAAACACUCAGAACACCAGUGCUGCUAUCAUUCCUCCUGAUUCACUGAAGACACAGAACCCUUCUUCUGUUCAUAAAUAGCUUCUUCAGGUGGGGAACAUGUGCUGCAAACCAAGUCCAUUUUUGAGAUUGAGUUUUCUCCACUCACUUCGGCUAUACGUUUGAUUCUUUGUUUUGAAAAGCACCAAGUACAGUUGCAACUGUUGUGGUUCUAUAAAAGCUUUGCGAUCUCUCUCAGUUUUUGCACCCACUACUAGGAUGCACUCAGACUCGACAUAUUAGCAACAUUCUUUUGGACCCCUUACCUUUUUUUGGGUCUGCAAGCUACAUUCUUUGGACUCUAUAUUUUGUACUUCUACUUACCAAUUUGAUCUAACAAAUUUGUCCAUGUGAAUUUGUAUGCAGGACACCAAUAGUAUUUGUUAGAGGAUAUCACUUUACAAAACUACAAUUUUCCUUCUUAAAAAAAUACAAUUAUUUUAUCAAACUAGCACCUUUAUAAUUA